AUGCUUAGUUUGGACAGUGUGGAUAAUUAUGAAGACUUAUUAAAUCUGGUUUAUCAAAAUCACCAACUAAUUCAAAUCAGCACUCGUGGCAAUGGAACGAUUGGUGAAGAUAUAACUUUCAAUAAACAACUAAUAAAAAACAUUCCUUUUUUCUUGAAAGAAAUUGCUGAUGGUGAGGUGCGAGGAGAGGUUUAUAUGCAAAAGGAGGAAUUUUAUCGUCUGAACGAAGAAUUAAAAAAAUCUGGUAAUAAAUUGCUAGCUAACCCCCGCAAUGCAGCUGCGGGUAGUUUACGAACCCUUAUCCCCUUGCAAGGUAGAAAUUUACAUUUUUUUGCUUACCAAUUAUUAAAUAAUGACUUGCCAAAUCAAUUAUCUUGUCUACAAAAAUUAGAAAAAUUAGGUUUUUCAGUCAGUCCUGAUUAUCGGUUAUUCAGAAAUAUUGAAAAAGUAGCCAAUUUUAUCCAAGAGCAAGAAAAAAAGCGGGAAAAAUUAGGUUUUGAAACUUACAAAUUUCCGGCUUCGGUGACUUCAAGUCUAGUGAAAAAUAUUUAUGUGGAGGUAAGCCGAAGUGGACGAAUAACUUAUGUGGCAGAAAUAAUCCCUGUAAUAUUACAAGGAAGCAAAAUAACUAAAACCACACUUCAUAACUAUGCCUUUAUUCAUAAUUUAAAGUUAAACAUCGAUGAUGAAGUAGUAAUCAAAAAAGCGGGAGAUGUCAUUCCCCAAAUAACCCAAAUUUACCAGUUGUGCAAAAACCAUGACUGUCCGCAAAAGACGGUCAAUUAUCUGGCUCAUUUUGCUUCUAAAAAUGGACUUGAUAUCAAAGGCAUUAGUCAAAAAAAUAUUCAAAAACUUUAUGAGAAAAAUUUAUUAAGUCGAAUUACCGAUUUUUACCAACUUCACCAAAAGGAGCAAGAACUGCUAAAAUUAGAAGGCUUGGAAAAGAAAUCAGUUAACAACAUGCUAACUUCGAUAGAAAAUUCAAAAAAAAAGCCUUUCGCCAAUUUAUUAACCGCUUUGGGAAUUCCUCUACUCAGUUCAGUAAAAACUAAAAAAAUAACUAAAUUUUAUCCAGAUUUGACUAGUUUUACCGGAGCCUUAGAAAAUAAUGAAUGA